UGUCAACAUAAAACAGUAGCCAUGUCCUCAGCACACCUUCAUUCUGCUCCCGCGGUGAACAAGCACUGUAUAGACCAUGAAAUCGACACAGGAAAAGUGAUCGGAAGUGAUCGCCGAAGGUAUAUACGACCUCACACUGUUUGAUGCAAUCCCACUCCAAUGAUGUUGGAUGCAUCGCCAGAUGCGGUGGACCCGUUAUAAGUCCUCUUUAUAUUAGCCUGCACCAUAGGUGUUGCCAGACAUCCGUGGAAUAGCUUUCCUCUGCCCCCUCACUAAUGCCAACCUUCAGUAGGACCCGUUUCGCCCUAACUUUUUUGGCCGCCCUCCCUCUGACUUUGGCUACAGUCAAUGGCCCUGUUAUUUCUGCCAACUUUCCUGAUCCUGCCAUCCUUGUGACCAGUGGGGGUACUUAUGCAUUUGCAACUAACUCCGGCAAUAUCAACAUUCAGGUUGCAACGUCACCUGAUGGUGGAGUAACUUGGGAAUUGCAGUCCGGUGUUGAUGCCCUCCCAAAUGUAGGGUCUUGGGCAACUGCAAACAGUACUUGGGCACCUGAUGUCAUUGACAGAGGGGAUGGAACCUUUGUAAUGUACUACGCUGCAUGGUCGACCUCACAAAGUACUCAUUGCGUAGCGGCUGCUACUUCCAUCUCCCCUGUCGGACCGUACACUCCUGAGUCACAGCCUAUUGCCUGUCAAACUCCAGGCGGUGGUGCAAUUGACCCCGCAGGGUUCCAGGAUACCAACGGUACACGCUACAUCGUGUACAAGGUGGAUGGGAGCAGUCUCGGAGGUGGUGGACCUUGCGGGAAUGCUAACGGAGAAUAUUCUACUCCCAUUAUGCUUCAGGAAAUGGAGGCUGAUGGUGUCACGCCUACUGGGGAACCGGCUCCAGCGCUUAUCUUGCAUAACGGAACCUACGUGGUUUUCUUCUCCUCGAAUUGCUACAAUACCGAUCUCUAUGACAUCUCAUAUGCAACUGCGCCAUCCAUUUCCGGGCCAUACACAAAGGCUUCCUCGCCGUUACUUGUAACUGGUGACGAUAGCCUCACAGCGCCUGGAGGUGCGACGCCGCGCCUUGAUGGUGGGUUUAUGGUGUUUCAUGCAACCGUAAACACAAAUCCAUUGACUCGUUAUAUGUAUACGGCAACGAUGACGUGGAAUGGGACUAUCGUGAACACUUGAUCAAACCACAUCAUGUUACUCACGAAAUGUACGCAUCAUGUUAGCUUUAUACAUAACUGACUAUCCUUACGGCUCGAACUGCUUCUUGAAAUGACCGAUUGUACCUGAUGGGCCCAAAGAGACUACAUAGAUAAGAAUAAUCACCGGCCUUAUUCCCUUGGCUAUUAUCCCUUCCAGUGCAAUCGACAUCCCACAGAAGUCGAUUCAUAUCAUAAUAUCAUUCUCUCUCUAAUAAAAC